AUGUCUCUCGCACCCAGAGUCGUGCGCGGCGCCUUGCGCUCGCAUGCAAGGACAUCUCACAGAUUCUCUGCACCGACAGCCGUUCGGGUAUCAACGAACUCCCUGCCCCAUCGGUCGUUCCACAGCACGCAUCGACGAUACGUCGAGGAAAAGCCAACCUCCAUUGACCCCAGACUGAACGCCGCCACCGAGAUCGUGCCGCCUAGAGAAACCAACUUCGGCAAGGCGCAAUUUGCCGACUUCAACCUCAAGGGCCGGGCUUUCAUCGUGACAGGAGGUGCCCAGGGUCUUGGACUUAGCAUAGCCGAGGCACUCGCCGAGGCUGGCGGCAAAGGUGAGAAAGCAGUCAUGCCGUUGGAUCGAUCCGCGAUGCAAAGACCCUUUAACAAGCUGACGCCUCGCUGCACAGUAUACUGCUUGGACAGACAAGAAAAUCCCCAUGAGGAGUACGCCGAGGCGCUCGCGCGUGUCGUCCCGGAAUGGGGAGGCUCGCUCGUGUACCGACAGGCCGACGUGGUGGACACGGACCGCCUGGACAAGAUCAUCGCCGAGAUCGCAGACGAGAACCAGAGGCUCGACGGCUGCGUGGCGGCCGCAGGAGUGCAGCAGAUCACGCCGGCGGCCGACUACACCGUCGACGACGUGAACAAGAUGCUGGCCAUCAACUACACGGGCGUCUUCAUGACGGCCACGUCCGUCGCGCGGCAGAUGUUCAAAUACAAGAGCCGCGGCAGCAUCUGCUUCAUCGCCAGCAUGUCCGGGCUGAUUGCGAACCACGGCCUGCUGUCCCCCGUCUACAACUCGUCCAAGGCCGCCGUCAUCCAGCUGGCCCGCAACCUUGCGAUGGAGUGGAGCCCCGUCACCAAGGAAGGGACCGGCGGCGUCCGGGUCAACUGCAUCAGUCCCGGGCACAUCAUGACGCCGAUGGUGGAGAAGAACUUUGAGGAGGUGCCGGGCCUGAAAGAAGAGUGGGAGAGCCUGAACAUGUUUGGUCGGCUGGCGGAGCCGAGGGAGUUCAAGGGUGCGGCCCUGUUCUUGAUGAGCAACGCCAGCACCUUUAUGACGGGUAGCAAUAUGGUCAUUGAUGGCGGCCACACGGCAUGGUAA